AUGUCCGGACGACCGCCGCCAAACAUCUCUGGGAUGACCUCCCUCAAGAUCGACAACCUUUCCUAUCGAACCGAUAGUGAGAGUCUCCGACGCAAGUUCUCCAAAUAUGGAGAAAUCGGCGAUGUCUACAUUCCAAAGGACAAAUAUGGAGAGUCCCGAGGAUUCGCUUUCGUUCGAUUUCACGACAAGCGCGAUGCCGGAGACGCUAUCGAUCAACUCGAUGGUCGAGAUAUUGACGGAAGGGAGAUCCGCGUAGACUACGCUCGUCACGAACGACCUAGCUUCGACAAAUGGCGCGGGAGCCGACGAGACCGAUCUCGAAGCCGCUCUCGAGGUCGACGACGACGAAGCCGAUCCGACUCGCGUGAUCGCCGACGAAGACGAAGCCCGUCUCGAAGCCGCUCUCGAUCUAAAUCAGGUGGCGCCGACACUGAGCGCUCAAAAAAGCAAACCCGCUCCCGAAGCCGCUCUAACCGAAGGGAUACCCGCAGCCGAUCGCGAUCCGCCUCCCGAGAUCGAGACCGACGAUCCCGAUCGCGAUCCGCCCGAAGAGAUCGAUCUCGUUCUCGAUCCCGCUCUGCCCGACGCUCUCGAUCUCGCUCUGGCUCGCGAUAG